AUGAGCCACACAGCCAAUUCUUGCCAAGAGCUGGUUGAAAACUGUGCCGUGCAUGUAGCAGGGAUGGCACAAGAAGACAGCCAUCGUGGUCAAGUGCCAUCCACAUUUUAUCAUGGUGCCAACCAAGAACUUGACCUGUCCACCAAAGUGUACAAAAGGGAGUCAGGAAGCCCUUAUUCUGUGUUAGUGGACACCAAAAUGAGCAAACCACAUCUCCAUGAAACAGAAGAACAACCUUUUUUCAGGGAAACCAGAUCAGUGGCCGAAGUAUGUGCUGUUAAAGAAGACCAAGAGAACUCUGAUGACCUGGAAGAAGUAGAGGAAGAAGUAACUUAUAAAAGGGAACAGAUUAUAGUAGAGGUAAAUCUUAACAACCAAACAUUAAAUGUAUCUAAAGGGGAGAAGGGUGUUUCCUCUCAGUCCAAAGAGACUCCAGUUCUUAAAACCAGCAGUGAGGAGGAAGAGGAAGAAAGUGAGGAAGAGGCCACUGAUGAUAGUAAUGACUAUGAAGAGAAUGAACGGCAAAAGAAAAAGGAGAAGAGAGUAGAGAAAGUCAGUGUUACCCAAAGGAGAACAAGGAGAGCUGCAUCAGUUGCAGCAGCUACCACUUCCCCUACACCCAGAACAACAAGAGGCCGUAGGAAAAGUGUAGAGCCUCCCAAACGUAAGAAGAAGGCUGCAAAGGAGCCAAAGGCACCAGUGCAGAAAGCUAAGUGUGAAGAGAAAGAGACAUUAACUUGUGAGAAGUGCCCCAGAGUCUUUAAUACACGCUGGUACCUGGAGAAGCACAUGAAUGUCACUCAUAGGCGCAUGCAGAUCUGUGACAAAUGUGGCAAGAAGUUUGUUCUGGAAAGUGAGCUGUCCCUUCAUCAGCAAACAGACUGUGAAAAAAACAUCCAGUGCGUUUCCUGUAACAAAUCAUUCAAGAAGCUCUGGUCCCUUCAUGAACAUAUCAAGAUUGUCCAUGGAUAUGCAGAAAAGAAAUUUUCCUGUGAGAUUUGUGAGAAGAAGUUCUACACCAUGGCUCAUGUGCGGAAGCACAUGGUUGCACAUACAAAAGAUAUGCCAUUUACAUGUGAAACCUGUGGAAAGUCAUUCAAACGCAGUAUGUCACUCAAGGUGCACUCCCUGCAACAUUCUGGAGAAAAGCCCUUCAGAUGUGAGAACUGUGAUGAAAGGUUUCAAUACAAGUACCAACUUCGCUCCCACAUGAGCAUUCACAUUGGACACAAACAGUUCAUGUGUCAGUGGUGUGGCAAAGACUUCAACAUGAAACAGUACUUCGAUGAGCACAUGAAGACACACACUGGAGAGAAACCUUUUAUCUGUGAAAUCUGUGGCAAAAGUUUCACCAGCCGCCCAAACAUGAAGAGGCACCGCAGAACUCACACAGGCGAGAAGCCCUAUCCAUGUGAUGUGUGUGGCCAGCGGUUUCGCUUCUCCAACAUGCUCAAGGCUCACAAGGAGAAGUGUUUUAGGGUUACCAGCCCUGUGAACAUCCCACCUGCUGUCCAGAUCCCACUUACAACUUCCCCAGCCACCCCAGUUCCUUCCAUCGUGAACACACCCACAACCCCUACCCCACCAAUCAAUAUGAAUCCAGUAAGCACUCUUCCCCCACGGCCCAUCCCCCAUUCCUUUUCACACCUUCACAUUCACCCACAUCAUCCUCAUCACCUUCCCAUCCCUCCAGUCCCUCAUCUACCCCCACCUCCAGCUCUUUUUAAGAGCGAGCCUUUAAAUCAUAGAGGCCAGAGUGAGGACAACUUUCUGCGACACCUGGCAGAGAAGAACACUUCAGCACAACAUCAUUAACAAAUAUCUUCUUCAAUCUGUUGUCCCUUGGGUAUGCACCUACUUAAGAGUUUGCAGAGUGGGAGUUGAUGAGGUUGUCUAUAGCCCUCUCCCACUCCCUCUUAGCCUCCAGCAAAAGAGCCUUGUCAUGGGCUUGGUGUACCAGCAGAUCCAAGUGAAUGAAUUGAGAAGACUAUCUUUGUCUUAUAGAGGAGGAGGAGGAGGAUCAUCAUUGAAACCAGGGGAGCCAAUGGAGCUAAAGCCCAAUAUGCUUGCGUUUUACUGAUGACUUUUAUAAAUUUCAAAUAUUGAGACUUGUGGAAUUUUAUAAUUUCAUAUCAGCUGAUGAGCUUAAGCCCUCUCUCAUUCUUGAGUGCCUUGAAGAAACCAGCAUUCCUGGAAAAUUUUCUCCCUGGAUUAGAUCCUACCUCUGCUUCAUUUUCCAUGACUGUUGGAUUUUAUCUUUAGUCCAUUUGGUUUAGCUGUUCAAAAACUAAUUAAAGCCUCAAAUAGAAAUUUCAAACAUAUCUCUUGAGUCCUUUCCCCUAAU